AUGCAGUACGCACUCGUCGCCGCCGCUCUCGCUCUCGGAGUCACAGCCGCGCCUGGCCCGGUCAUCACUCCGGCCCCCAAGGCUCUAAAAGCCCGUGACUCCCUCCCAGCAUCUUCGGGCUCUUCCACAUUCUCAUCGGCCAAGACAAUUGCUGCUGGUGACUCCUUUGAUGGUGGCAUGUACGCCAUUGACCGUGGUGUCUCUUGCACCGGGCAGGAGGAGGGUGGUGACUCUGACGCCGUCUUCAUCCUCGAGGAGGGCGCUUCUCUGAGCAAUGUCAUUAUUGGACCCAACCAGAUCGAGGGUGUUCACUGUCAAGGUGGCUGCACUCUCAGCAACGUUUGGUGGUCGGCCGUCUGCGAGGACGCCUUUACUGUCAAGGUCCAGGACAGCGGCGACACCACCUACAUCAAGGGCGGCGGUGCCUUUGGCGCCGAGGACAAGGUGAUUCAGCACAAUGGUGGUGGUACCAUUUCCAUUUCCGAUUUCACCGUCUCGGAAUUUGGCAAGCUCUACCGUAGCUGUGGCAACUGCGACGACAUGUAUGAGCGCCACGUCAUCAUCAGCGGCGUUACCGCCUCUGACGGCUCGUCCCUCGCCGGUAUCAAUGAGAACUACGGUGACUCGGCCACCUUCUCCGAUGUUACGGUUUCCGACGUUGACGAUAUUUGCGUCACCUAUGAGGGCAAUGACACGGGCGAUGAGCCUACCAAGACUGGCUCUGGCGCUGAUGGCACCUACUGCAUCUACGACGAGAGUGACAUUACCGAGUCCUAA